GUCAUCUCUCCAGCUCAGCCAGCGCCCUCUUUCCACCACUCCAAGCUUCCUUGGCCUGUUGUAAACUCCACCACAAUCGCUCCAGCAGGUAGCGGCACUGGUAUCUACUCUACGAUGUAUUCUACCGAUACCGUGACAAGCACCGCCACUUCUCAGAUUGCGAUUACUCUGGCACCUCCAACAGCAAGACCUUCUCCUACCUCCAUCGCUUCCGGACCGCCUGCCUCGAGUCUUUCUCCCGGGGAUGCAGCCUGCGCCAGCGUCAAGAAGCUAGUGGCUUCGCAGACUUCUGCAUCACCCAAAGCCACUCCGACUAUUCCUGCUGAGAUUGCUUACGAGUGUUUAAAUGCCGUGCCGUUCAAUCAGAGCGCAGCAGCAGAUCUAUUGGAGAGUAUGAGACCGUACCUCCAAUGGCAGACUACUAUUGAAUAUCUGAAGGACCCGCCUGCUGAGAUUCGAAGCAAAUUCGCUGACCGUAUCUCCAGUNAUGCCGAGAAGAUCCAANGCCCCUACGACUUCUGGAAUGUUUUCGAAGGUAUCGUCGCAAAGGUGAAUGCUGGCGCUUAUGCUAGCGAGUAUGCCUUUGGUUUUGAUCUUUACGAGGCCACUCAAAAGACCCAUGAUGGACACUUCGCCUUUGUGCCUGAUAGUGUCGUUGGUGUCUUCAGCUUUGGACGCAAGACGCCUCUUGUCUCUGUAUCUGAAGAUGGAACCAGCCUUCCCGUCAUCUACGCCUAUGCUGACAUUCUCACUUCAUCGUUCGGAAACGCAACAUUCACUCCCUCCCCGGUCACCCAUAUCGAUGGCAAAAAUGUGACUGAAUACCUUCUGGAGUGGUCUCAGUACGGUAGUCUCCAGGAUAGAGAUGCCUUGUGGAACAACUUGUUCUACAUUCCUGCUCAGGUAUCUCUCGGAACAUCAGGUACUGGUACUGGUACGUUCAGCGGAGGUGGUCGUGGUAGAUAUGUCUACCCAGGAGCUACGACGACCUUCGACUUUGCCAACGGAACAUCAGCCACCAACGAGAACUUUGCACGCGUGCUCCAAGACUUCACUAAUAUCACCACUGGUGCUGAUAUCUACCAGCAAUUCUUCGCUGUGGGCCCUGAGGCAUACCAAGACGCCCUUCAGCUUGCUACAUCUACGACUAGCAGCACCACUAGCCCUACCACCAACGCUACCAGCUCGACAUCAACGGCAGUGAAGACUACUCCCGCCCCGGGUUACCCUUCUCCUAUCGUCAAACAAACCAACAACCUCAACUCGGGCUACUUCAUCCCCGAAGCCGGUUACGAUGACGUCGCAGUCUUGGUGGUGCCAUCCUUUGUCAGUUUGGAUACUGCAGAAGUCGAGUUCCAAAAUGUCAACAGCGAACUCAUCGCCGCUGCACUUGCUGCAAACAAGACCAAGCUCAUCAUUGACGUGUCUGCCAAUGGUGGUGGUACCAUCUUGCAAGGCUACGAUCUCUUCAAGCAGCUCUUCCCCUCGAUUCUUCCUUACGGCGCUACUCGUUUCCGCGCACACGAAGCAUUUGACGUGCUUGGACAAGAGUAUUCUGAGAUCUCGGGACACUAUCCUAGAAGCUUGGCUGAAAACGAUACUGUCCGCGGUAUCCUGUCCUCGGCAUGGAAUUACCGCACCGACGUCGAUGUCAACUACGAGAACUUCAACAGCUGGGAUGAAAAGUAUGGUCCUCAUGAGUUUGGUCCCUACAACGAUACCUUCACUUCCAUUAUCCGUUGGAAUCUGUCCGACGUCUUGACUACAGACAACUCUGGCGGUAUUGUCAUUAGUGGCUAUGGAAACCGCACAAACGUCACUACUCAACCUUUUGCCGCCGAAGACAUUAUUAUCGUAUAUGAUGGCUACUGCGCCAGCACCUGCACCAUCUUCUCCGAAUUGAUGCGCCAACAAGCCGGUGUAAAGACCGUUGCUCUGGGAGGUCGUCCCAACUACGACAUCAUCCAAGCCGUCGGCGGAGUCAAAGGUACAAACGACUUCCCCUGGAGUUACAUUCUCGAAAGCAUUGAAGGUGCUUUCUCCUUUGCCAACGAAUCCCAUCGCGAAUACCUUAACGACAGCACACCUUUUGGCUAUUACAAUCAAUUACCUCUCUAUCGCUCGGCAUCAGGUCCUGUAGUCAACAGUAGAGAUGGCAUCAGACAAGGCGACACCACAGAGACACCUCUACAGUUUGUUUACGAACCAGCCGAUUGCAGAAUUUUCUACACGCCAGAAAUGGUUGUUGAUCAAGAGGCUGUCUGGAAGUCUGUUGCUGAUAGUGUUUGGGGAGAUGUGAAUCAUUGUGUGGCUGGUAGUGGUGAGUUCUAUGGUCACAGCAAGAGAAGUGUUGGUGGAGAGGCGCAGAGACAUAUGGUUAGGAGGGAUAUGAACUUUGCUGAACAUUGGGAGGGGCUGGGUGUUAGUACUGGAGAGGGAAUGACGCUUGGUGGUGAUGCUAUUAUGUAUCCC